AUGAGUUCAUCUCAUUUUAGUUCACAAUUAUCAUGUAUUAGAGAUUUUGAUCUCUAAUACGUAAUUCGUUGUCAGUUAUUAUGAACUUGAUCUCUAAUACAUAAUGAGUUCACAUCAUUUUACUUAACGGUAAUUAUGUCUUAGGGAGCAAGAUCGCUAAUAUGUAAUCAUGGUUAACAAAAAUGCGAUGAACUGAUUUUUAGGCACCUACCAAACAGGGCCUUAAUUUAUUACUUUUGUGUCCUUGAUUGGUAAUAAUAUAAUAUUACCAAUCUAAUGCUAGAUUGGUAAUGGUAUCAAAUGCUAGAACAUAACCAUCUAUUCUUAUUUAACUCUAUAUUGUUUCCUUUAGCGAAUUUUCCAUUUCUUUUCAUUUUUUUGUUCUUUCCUCUUUGAUUUUGUAACAUCGAUGCUGUUUUUGGGGCAGGCGAGUGACAGGUUUAACAUUAAUUCACAACUUGAGCAUCUCCAAGCUAAAUAUGUCAGAACUGGGCAUGCGGACUUGAAUAGAUUUGAGUGGGCGGUGAACAUCCAGCGCGACAGCUACGCAUCCUAUAUUGGUCAUUACCCCAUUUUGGCGUAUUUUGCCAUUGCUGAAAAUGAAUCUAUCGGAAGAGAGUGCUACAAUUUUAUGCAGAAAAUGCUGCUGCCUUGUGGUCUCCCUCCAGAGAGAGAAGAUGAUUGAGGCAUCCAGACCUUCAAUUCAAGCAUUUCAGCUUCUGGGUUUGUUAUGGACGGUUAUCUUUUGUGACAUUUAGUAGUCUGGGACUCUUUUUAUCUCACUGCUUCCGUGGACAGAGACAUAACUGUAAGUAUACAAAGAACGUUAGCAGAUUCUUCUAAGAAAAGCUGAAACUUCGGUUACUGUCUUCUUGAAAUCAAUUGCUACUAAUUGGAAGAGAGGAAUUGUAUGUUCCAUAACCUGGGUCUCUGCAUCAGUAUGGGCCCAUUUAAAGAGUUUGGAUAAAACAUUUCAAACAUGUGCAGCCAAGGUGUUUGAACAGGGUUGUAUAGAUGUAGUAUUUUGUUGUGCUGUC